AUGAAUUUCUUAAAACGUUCAACUACUAAUUUUAUUUAUCGUUCACAAUUAUCACGUACAUUUCUUACAUCUUUACAAUUCAGAAAUAAUCAUUCAGAAGUUAUUUCAUCUUGGAAAGUUAUAAUUUCUAGAAUCAUUACUAAACAAGAAGAAAUUUUAUUUCCAACACCACUUCAACUUCUUUCAAUUACUCUGAAUCGUAAAGAAAUAAUCAAUAAUAUUCCGUCAAUUCAAACUCCACCCGAUGAAACACCAUUACCACCAAAUUAUCAUUUAGUAUAUUUUAAUCCAAAAAAUUAUGAACAUGAAUUGUCAAAUGAUGGUUAUAAAACUUUAUAUUCACCACCUGCUCCAUUUCUAAGACGUAUGUGGGCAGGAGGUGAAUUAAAAUUUAAUCAUAAAAAUCAAUUAAGAAUUGGUCAAAAAGCAAAAAUUACUACUAAACUUCGUGAUGCUGAAUAUAAAAUUGGAAAAUUAGGUGAAAAUGUUUUUGUUUGGCUUGAUAUGGAUAUUAGUAAUGAUAAUGGUUGGUGUAUAAAAGAUACUAGAUGUUUGGCUUACAUGCCACCAAGUGAAGAUAAAAGUCCUAGACCUCCAAGAAAAAUUAUUAAGGAGAAUUUAUCGCCUGAAUUUGAGAAAGUUAUAUUACCUACUUCAAUUCUAUUGUUUCGUUAUUCGGCUUUAACAUUCAAUAGUCAUCGUAUUCAUUACGAUCAUAUUCAUUCAACAGAGAUUGAAGGAUAUCCUGGUUGUUUGGUCCAUGCUCCGCUUACUUGUACUCUUCUUCUUGAUUUAAUUCGUGAUAACUUGCCAAGUUCUUCGUACAUUAAAUCUUUCAAUUAUAGAGCAUUAAGCCCUUUAUAUGUUGAUGAAGAAUUUAAAGUCUGUGGAAAAAAGAGUCUCACUGAUAAUACAUCUUUAGAAGUUUGGGCAGAGAACAUACAAGGUGGAAUUGCUAUGAGAGGAACUGCUGUUAUUGGUGAUACAUAA